AUGCCGCUCAAACUUGUGGCCGACACUCAUGACCACUCUCAGUGCACGCACACUCCGGAGGAAGACAAAGCUGUACUCGUCUUCUCAUGCAAAGUGGCGAACAACUAUGUCACAACUCAAUGUAUGCACAUGGAUUCAGGAGCAAACUGGAGGGUCCAUGACGCUGAACUUGAAAAGCUCUUCCUCAAAUGCAAGAAGAAGGGGUCCGUGGCAGAUAUGCGACGGCUUACAUUGAGUGGGUAUAACGAAGCCGCCGCGAUCGCGGGAUAUCUGACCGUCGUCUCCGGAGAGGGUCAUCAAGCCCUGUUGGCCAUGAUAGAUUCUUAUUGCGAAUUAGGGCCAGCAAAAGCUAUUCCACCCUACAACUACUCGAUAGACAUGCUUCGAUCCUCCGGUAUGGGCAAGUCUCGUACGGUCGACAUCGCAGCGCGAAAGCGGUUUGCGUUUCUUCUCAAUCUGCGGGACCCCGGGUCGGUCGGUACUUUCUCUUAUCCACCUACCGACAUCGCUGUGCGAGAAUUUUUUUCGCACCUGCACUCCACCGCGCUUUCGGACUCCCAGGUUCAGCUUCGAUUGGGCGCAUUCUUCAUUGCUCUUUUCCGAAAGGCAACGACUGAGCUCAAGAGGUUCCGGCCCACGACUGCAGACGACACCGCGCAAUGGUGGCACACUCGGAUGGAAGAAGGUAGUUCUGCAGAGAGAGUCGGGACUAGACGGGCGGCGUUGUAUGAAGAGGCGAUCGACGAUGCGGAAACGAUCGUGAAAUCCGGAGGCUUCCAUAUUAAAAGCGCGCAAGAGUUACUGGAGACAAGCUGCCAAGGCCUCUUGGACGCACUCGAGGAUGCACGAAGCGAGGGCUCGCCAGUCACUCCUGUCAAGUUUUACAUAUCCAUCGACGAGGCACAUGUUAUGACGGGGAAGUUGAGGUACUUCCCCCAUGCACGCACCGUGUAUCAAAACCUGGGCACGUCUUCCUUUCGCGUGGAGCAUGGCACUAUGCUUUCCCCCCCUUUCACAGAGCUCUCAUUCGAUACGUUCGCGACUGGUCUGUACACCAGCCUCAAGGAGCAGAGUCUGAAUGAGCCGGUCUCCCUCAACUCGGUGGUGUUCUCUCUACAAACAUGCCUAUACGAAGAAGGACUCGACCAUAGGCACGAGCCAUCGGCGGGAGAUGAUCUGAGCCUGACUGCGAAAAUGGCCUGCCUCUCCGUGCGCAUCCUGCUCGAUUUCGAUUCGGUCGACGAAACUGGACGAGCCACCGUCUCUGAGCUCGUGGAGUGGCACACGCGCGUCGUGUUUGCAGUUCCCAAGCACCGCCAAUUCAUGCGCACGAGAACGCCGUCGGAGCCCAUCCUCGCAGAGACUGCAGCGAGUGAACGCGGGGAAAUGGUCACUCGCCUCCUGUGGAUCAUCGCACAUGACAAGGCCAUCGAGUCGAUGUAUGGCAUGAAUGUAUCGGAGGGCUACCUCCGAUUCCACAGACCCAUCUCCGUCAUCGCCUUUCUCAAGUCUCUCUUUCACGAGGAUCACCACAAGGAGAUCCUGAACGCGACACCAGUUGGCGGUCCCAAUGGUGCCUCUCUCGAGGAAACAUUCAAAGACGCCUAUUUGAAUUUCACUCACUUUGCCUUGGCUGCCGAUAGCGAGGUUCUUCGAGCAUCACAGAUCUUUCAACUGCUUCUUCGAGGCACUGCUAUCCAAUGCCGGAACAACAAAGACAUGAUCCAUCAUGUGGUGCCCAUCUUAUUUGGAGAUCCAGCCAUGACCGAAAUUUGGGAGGAUGCUGCGUUGGCCAUGCAAGGUCACAUCAAAAAUCGGAACACCCCUCGAGACGGCCUGCGGAUCAGCCCGAACAUCACCCACCCAAACCACGAUCUCCCUGUACUCUCUCUUCAACACGAACUAAGCGCCUCGUACAGCAGUGUGCGGUGCGUCGAGAGAGACUCCUACGGUGUUUGCGCGGGGCCCGACGGUCUCGAUGUGCAGAGACGGCACUGUCACAUAGUUGCGUACGGUACGAGUUCCGCGACCUAUGCGGCGAUCCCUCCCUCAACAGACGGUAUCUAUGCCUCGCUCCUGGCCCCGGCCCAUGUGAUCGACGAUUUUCCUCGAGCGAGUCUCCCGGGAUCGAGGAAGAUGCUGGAUCAGAUGCUUCCAGCUCUGCAAUACGCAGAGAGGGGUUUCUCAUGA